CUUUAAGGUUUAUUCUCCAACAAAAUUCCCUAUAAAUAACCUAUGCCAUUACCAUUACCAAAUCGUCCAAAGGAAACACUGUAAAAUCACAAGCAAUUAAAAACAAAAAAACAAAGCAAACAACAAGAAAAAAGAAAAUAAAAAUGGAGGCAAAAAAGCUUGUUGCGGUGUUUCUGAUGUGCAUGGUUGUAUUAACAGCUGUGUCUAAUGUCCCUAAGGCUGAAGCCACUGAAGAAGAGUUCAAAGAUUGCUACAACACUUGUCACCAGGAAUGCUCUCAAGAAGGCCAUGGUUAUACCUAUUGUGAGAUGAAAUGUGAUACUGAGUGUUCAAUGAAGGAGAUCAGAGCUCAAUUCCCAAAAUUCAAGGCUUAAGGUAGAGGACCCAAAAGAUACAAGAGUUAAGCAGAUAUGGCUGAAGAAAAGAAAGCAGUGGAAUUGUAAUUCUGCUAAAUACUUCAUUAAUUUCUUUUCGACUGCUGGAUAUAUGUAACUUCAAAAUUCAAUAAAAUCAUUCAUUUCUUAAUUUGAA